AUGUCAGCAGCGCAGCAGCAACACGUGGUCCAGUUUCAGUCGAUAACGGGUCUGGCCGAGGCUGACUGCCGUCAGCGCCUGCAAACCUUCAACUGGAACGUCGAAGCGGCACUGGACGCCUACUUCAACAGCAACGUGGCGCCGCCGGCCGUGUUCACGCCGCCGCCGGCCGCAGUCUCUCAGGUGCCCCUGGUGCCCAUCCUCGCCCACGCGGUCCCGAUUCCGCCCCUGCGCGCCGACGACACCUUCCUGUGCGGCCUCUUCCCCAAGACCGCCGGCAAGGGGCUGCCGGCGUCGGUUCCGCUGCGCGGGCUGGCGGUGAAGGCCGAGGUGGUAGGCAUGGUGGCCCAGGUGGAGGUCACCCAGCGCUACGUCAACGCCGAGUCGGCGCCCAUCGAGGCCGUGUUCAAGUUCCGGCAGGAGGAGUGCUCCAUCUACGGCUUCGAGGCCAUCGUCGACGGCGAGAAGGUGGUCGGCGAGAUCAAGGAGAAGGAGGAGGCUCUCAACACAUACGAUGAUGCGAUCAGCUCGGGCGGCCGCGGGUUCCUGCUGGCGCAGGACGACAAGGUCAAGGGCGCCUUCUCGCUCAGCGUGGGCAACCUCCCGCCCGGCAAGGAAUGCGUGGUCACAUUCCGCUAUGUGAGCGAGCUGGCCGUCGAGGGCGACUUCGUGCGCGUGGCGCUGCCCAUCACCCGUCUGCCCAUCCACGGCAGCGACUCCACCACCACCGCAGACACGGAUGAUGCGACGGUCAAGGACGGUCUGCAUGUGACCAUCAGCGCCGACAUGCCUUCGCCCGUGCCCGCCAUCGAGUGUCCCUCGGGUCACGAGCUCUCCACCACCACCAACGCCAACACCGCCCAAGUCCAGUUUGAUUCGGCCAAGCACGUAUCGAGCACGGGCCUGGUGCGCCAGUCGAUCGGCGAGCCGCAGGCCGUGGUCGAGGUCGACAAGGCGGCCGGGUCGGCCGUGGCCAUGGUGAGCUUCGUCCCGCAGCUGGAGAACCUGCGCGACGCCGACGUCAUCGCCGAGGUCAUCUUCGUGGUCGACCGGAGCGGGUCCAUGUCCGGCAGCCGCAUCAACCAGGCCAAGAACGCGCUGGCCCUCUUCCUCCACUCCCUCCCCAUCGGCACCCGCUUCAACGUGAUCGGGUUCGGAAGCCGCUACGAGAAGCUGUUCCCGACGUCGCGCGCCUACGACGAUUCGUCGCUGGAGAUCGCCAACCGGCACGCGAGCGGCAUCUCCGCCGACCUGGGCGGCACGGAGCUGCUCGCGCCCCUGCGCGACGUCCUGUCGUCGCCCGCCGACCCCCAGUUCCCGCGCCAGGUCUUCGUCCUGACGGACGGUGAGGUGGGCAACACGGAAGACGUCGUUUCGUGCGUGCGCAAGCAUGCCAAGGGCACACGCGUGUUCACCCUGGGCAUCGGCUCCGACGCCUCGACCGAGCUGGGCACACGCGUGUUCACCCUGGGCAUCGGCUCCGACGCCUCGACCGAGCUGGUCAACGGCAUCGCCAACGCCGGCAAGGGCCACGCGGAGUUCGUGGUGUCGGGCGAGAGGCUGGAGGCCAAGGUGCUGCGCCAGCUCAAGCGCGCGCUGCAGCCGGUCCUCAAGCAGCCGACCAUCGACUAUGCCGCCGGUGGCGUCGCGGUCAAGUCCCACACGCCCAACCCCCUGCCGGCCGUGUUCGAGGGCGAGCGGGUCAUCGCCUACGCCUUCUUCGACACCACCGAUACCGACCUGAUUGAGAAGGCGAUGGCUGGGGCGGUGCUGAGGGCGAGGACCGACGUGGAGGAGAGCGAGAAGGUGGAGUUCAAGAUCAACGCCCAGUCGAGCAUCAAGGAGGGCCAACUCCUCCACCGCCUCGCCGCUCGCUCCCUCAUCAAGGAUUUGGAGGAGGCGGGCGCGGAGGCCAACAAGGGGGCUAUCACGGAGCUGGCCCUGCGCUACGGCCUCGUGUCGCCCUUCACCUCGUUCGUCGCGUCGGCGGACGGCGCGAAGCUUGCGCAGAUUCAGCAGCAGGUCGACGAGGUGAAGCAUAUGAUGCAAUGCAAUAUCGCACAAGUCCUGGAGCGUGGAGAGAAACUCGAAGAUCUGCAGGUGCACACAGAAGCGCUCGAAUCGGGCGCGAUGCAGUUCCGCCGCAGCGCAUCUUCCAUGAAAUCGGGCGGCAUUCUCUCGUCGAUCAGCAACGCCUUUUCGUCCGUCCUCGGGCGUGGCUCGGCUGGACCUGCUCGGAACCAAUCGGGAGCGGCCAACCCUGACGAGUCCUUCGACGCCGAUUUCACCUCCGACGGCAACCAGAUCGAUUCGAUUCUGUCCAGGCGCCGCGCAGUGGCGAGUGACAACGACGACGAAGAGUCAGAAGACUGGAGCGACGGGUCCUGCGGCGAUUCAGAGAAGGAGCUGAAGGCCGAGAGGGAGAAGAAGAAGGCGGAGAAGGCGGACAAGAAGAAGAAGAAGAAGGCGAAGAGCAGCAGGAGCAAGAAGAACAAGCACGCCACGGCGUCGGCGUCGACGACGACCUUCUGCGGAGCUGCGGAGGCCGAGCAACUCAUGGGUAACUGCUUCGACGACUUUUCCGCCGCCGAGCCGCUCUCGGCCCCGCUCUCUGCCGACCCGUUCGCGGGCUUCACCUUCCAAUCCGCCGCGCCCGCCCCCGCUCCGGUCAUGCAGGCGUCGGCCUCGGCGAGUAGCAGCGCCCUCGACUGCUUGUCGCUCCCGAUCGGCCGCUGGGCGGCGCCGGCUGCGCACAUGCGACCGCUCGAUCGCUUCGUCCACCACCAGAAGGCCAACGGUAGGAGCUGGGAGCUGAACGAGAACCUGGCGCAGGCGCUGGGUCGUGGGUUGGCCGAGCUGGUGGCCUCCGUCCCCGCCGACGUGUCGGCAGACCUGUGGGCCACCGCCCUCGCACUCACCGCCCUCGACUCCCAAUUCGCCGCCGAGAAGGAGGAGUGGGAGCUGUUGGCGGGCAAGGCCAGGAGGUGGCUCGCGCGCGAGCUCAAGAAGGCCGCCACGUCGGUCGACGCCCUUCUCGCCGCCGCCAGCGCCUUCCUCCAGGCCUAA